AUGGCCGAGACAUCACGCGCGAACACCGGAGAGAAGGUGCGCAUCAGUGACGAUGCUGGGUCUGGGACCACAGUUGAUGCGAGACCAUCGAUCGGAUCAGCCAUGUCCCGGACCAUCAGGGGAGCAGCAUCAGCCGACACAGUCAUGACGCCGGGGCAGAGCCAACAGCAGGAUAGUGACGUGGAGGCUCGCAGUGAAGCCCGGGUGGCUCCUGAGGAGUCCAACUACUCCGUCUUCACCACGUGGGAGAAGCGAGCCAUCGUCCUGGGCGCUGCUGCCGGUGCCUUCUUCUCCCCUUUAAGCGGCCAGAUCUACUUCCCGGCCCUGAAUGUCCUGGCUGAGGACUUGCAUGUCACCGCGAGCCAGAUCAACCUCACAGUGACAACAUACAUGAUCUUUCAGGGCAUCACGCCCAUGUUCGUCGGCACGUUUGCAGAUGCGACAGGGAGAAGGCCUGCCUACCUCUUCUGCUUCGUCGUCUACAUUGCCGCCAACAUCGGAUGUGCCCUGGCACCCAACUACGUCGCGCUCCUCAUCCUUCGCUCCCUACAGUCGGCCGGUGCGAGCACCACCAUCGCCCUCUGCCAGGCCGUCGUGUCGGAUGUUAUCACCUCAGCGGAACGAGGCCAGUAUGUUGGCUGGACCACUGUCCCCAUCAUUCUCGCGCCUUCCCUUGGCCCCGUCCUGGGUGGUAUCUUCUCUCAGUACCUUGGUUGGCGCUGGAUCUUCUGGUUCCUGACCAUUAGUUCUGGAUUCGUUUUCUUUCUGUAUGCACUCUUCAUGCCAGAGACCUGUCGGACCAUCGUUGGCGAUGGCUCAGUCCGACCACACCCCGCUUACCGUACCUUCUGGCAACUCAUCAAGGACGCCUGGCGCAAGCACCGAGCCGCUCGAGGCACCGAAGAUCUUUCCCCUCCACCAACAACUUCACGGGCCUCAACCAAGCCAAGCUUUCACAUGAAGAGCCCAAACCCGGCUCGGUCCUUGCUUAUCCUUUUCGAGACAGAGAUGUUCCUAUUACUUGGGUACAGCAGCUUCAUUUUUGCUGGGUUCUACGCCAUUGCUACCGCUCUUCCUGUCCAACUCAGAGACAUAUAUGGAUUCGACGACCUGAAAAUCGGGUUGAUGUAUCUGCCUUUGGGCGGUGGGUCGAUAUUAUCAGCGUUCUCGAUGGGAAAACUGGCCAAUUGGAACUACAGGCGUCAUUGCAAGAAACUCAACUUUCCGUUUGAUAGACAACGCCAGCAAGAUCUGUCCGACUUCCCUAUCGAAAAAGCCCGCCUUGAGAUAAGCAUGCCACAGCUGGCCAUAUUUACCCUCAUCCUAGUUGCGUGGGGUUGGGCACUCCAGUCCCGACCGCCUCUGGCCGUCCCCAUCGUCCUUCUUUUCCUGAUUGGUGUUUCCUUGGUCGGGUUCAGUAACAGCAUCAAUAUUCUCAUCGUGGACAUCAACACAGGUCAAGCAGGUGCGGCGACGGCAGCGAACAACUUGACCAGGUGCUUGGUCGGAGCCGCCGCCACUGCGGUCAUCAACCCCCUUAUCAACAGUAUCGGAGCUGGAUGGUCCUUUACCAUCCUCGCACUGGUAUAUACGGUGUUUUCUCCUGUUCUCUACCUAGUCAUGAGAAACGGUAUGAAGUGGCGAAAGGCCAAACUGGAAAAGAGACAGAAGAGGGAAAAGCGAAAGCGAGAGAGGGCUCAGCAGGAACCUGCGGCAACGGCUCUGGCAGCAGAGAAGCCCCCGGUCCAGGAGACGUCGCAAGAUUCAGGCAACACAGCAGUUAUGCCCGAGGUCCAGGAAACCUCGCAACAAUCAGGCAACACAGCAGACAUGCUCUCGCCUAUUGCUCGGCCACCCGCACGACUCGCACGCCAGGGGACGCGAAUGUUCAACGAGACAUGGAGACUGAGUGUUUAG